CCCCCCGGCCCCGCCUCCUCCCCGGGCCAUGGCGCCGCUCCAGCUGGCCGCGUCGCCCUUCGCGACGGGGUCUCCUGCGCGCCUCUCGGCGGGCCGCCCCCUCCUGACCCGCGCUCUCUCUCUCUGUCUCUUCCGCGGGUUCGAGUCCCGGCCGCGGCCUCCGCUUGGCGACGGGUCGGGGGCAUGAGGAGGGCAGCGCGGGCGCCGGGCGGCAGGACGAAGAGGCGGCGGCGACGACGACGACGACUUGAACAACUGGCCCCCGCCGCCCCUGAGCGCGACCCGCGGAGGUGAAGCUACCCGCGGCACCAUGUCGCUCCUCUGCGUCCGCGUAAAGAAAGCAAAGCUCCAGGGGUCCCCAGAUAAGUUCAAUACAUACGUGACCCUGAAGGUUCAAAAUGUGAAGAGCACGACGGUUGCUGUUCGAGGGGACCAGCCAUGCUGGGAACAAGACUUCCUUUUUGAGAUCAGCCGCCUGGACUUGGGCUUGAUUGUGGAGGUCUGGAACAAAGGGCUGAUCUGGGACACCAUGGUUGGGACAGCGUGGAUUGAGCUGGAGGCCAUCAGGCAGUCAGAUGAGGAAGGCCCUGGGGAGUGGGCUACACUGGAAGCAGAGGUCUUGAUGAGGGGCCACGAGGUCUGUGGCACCAAAAACCCAACACCUCAUCAGAUUUUGUUGGAUACAAGAUUUGAGUUACCUUUUGACAUUCCAGAAGAGGAAGCCAAAUACUGGGCUAGGAAGUUAAACCAGAUAAACUCCUUGAAGGAAGAUGAUGAGCAUUCAUUUACGGAAGAAGUCCAGAAGCAAACACUGCCCUCUGCUGCCUCCCAGUGUUCUUUUGAAGACCAUGAUAGUGCUGUGGAUGACAGAGACAGCGACUACCGCAGCGAGACCAGCAGCAGCAUCCCUCCGCCGUACCACACCACCUCGCAGCCCAAUGCUUCAGUGCACCAGUUCCCUGUCGCUUCCCGUCUGCAGCAACAGGGCAUCUCCCGAGAGUGCUGCGUGGAGUCUCUGCAUGGCUAUGAUUUGGAUUACCAUGAACGGACGGCUGUCAGUCCUGGCAGCAGCAGUAAGUUUGGCUCCUCCUGUAACGUCAGUCAGGGAAGCUCUCAGCUGAGCGAGCUGGACCAAUCUCAUGGGAGUGCCCCCACCUCUGAACAUGAAGACGAGCUCACGGAAGGGGUGGCAUUGCUGUCGUCUGCUGCUCCUUACCAGAGGGAGGGCCCUGCCUUGUAUGGUGAGCAGCGUGAGGUCCAGGAAACGCACAGCAAAGGAGAGGAGGGGCCGGACAGAGAGGGGAAAGUGAAAAAGCAUGCCACAUCUCAACUACCUCCUGAAGUGGAGAAGCCCAAAGAAGUUGCCACAAAGGCGCCAGACACCAGUGACCUUGAUGAAAACGUGCUUCUGCCCAUUCUCCCAGCAAGAGCCCUCUGGAUCCGAGCCAUUAAUAAAGUGCGGCUUCAGUUUCAAGAGGGUCAGGAUGAUGGCGAUCCGUCAAAGUCACCGUGGUUCAAAGGAGGAGGGCCAGCAGGUGGUCUCUAUGGCAUCGACAGCAUGCCUGAUCUCCGCCAGAAGAAGCCUAUUCCACUUGUCAGUGACUUGUCACUGGUCCAGUCCCGGAAGACCGGAAUUACCUCAGCAAUGGCCACCCGAACUUCUCUCAAGGACGAGGAGCUGAAAUCCCACGUAUAUAAGAAGACCUUGCAAGCCUUAAUCUACCCCAUCUCCUGCACAACCCCCCACAACUUUGAGGUCUGGACAGCCACAACCCCCACCUACUGCUAUGAGUGUGAGGGGCUCUUGUGGGGCAUUGCACGGCAAGGGAUGCGCUGCACGGAAUGUGGGGUCAAAUGCCACGAGAAGUGCCAAGAUCUGCUCAAUGCUGACUGCCUGCAGAGAGCAGCAGAGAAGAGCUCAAAGCAUGGGGCUGAGGAUCGCACUCAGAACAUCAUCAUGGCCAUGAAGGACCGCAUGAAGAUCCGAGAGAGGAACAAACCAGAGAUCUUUGACCUCAUCAGAGAUGUCUUCAGUGAGAGCAAAAUGGCCCAUGCUCAGCAGAUGAAGACAGUGAAGCAGAGUGUGUUGGAUGGUACCUCCAAGUGGUCAGCCAAAAUCACCAUCACAGUGAUGUGUGCUCAAGGCCUUCAAGCCAAGGACAAAACUGGCUCCAGCGACCCUUAUGUGACUGUCCAAGUCGGCAAAACAAAGAAGAGAACAAAAACUAUAUUUGGGAAUCUGAAUCCCAUUUGGGACGAGAAGUUCCAUUUUGAGUGCCAUAAUUCCUCCGAUCGCAUCAAAGUGCGGGUCUGGGAUGAGGAUGAUGACAUCAAGUCCCGGGUCAAACAGAGGCUAAAGCGCGAGUCUGAUGACUUCCUGGGGCAGACCAUUAUUGAGGUGCGCACGCUGAGUGGGGAGAUGGACGUCUGGUACAACCUCGAGAAAAGAACAGACAAAUCUGCUGUGUCAGGUGCCAUCCGCCUGCAGAUCAACGUGGAGAUAAAAGGUGAAGAGAAAGUGGCUCCCUACCACAUCCAAUACACUUGCCUUCACGAGAACCUCUUCCACCAUCUGACAGAUGUCCAAGGAAAUGGGGUGGUGAAGAUUCCCGAUGCCAAAGGAGAUGAUGCAUGGAAGGUAUACUUCGAUGAGACAGGCCAGGAGAUAGUGGAUGAGUUUGCCAUGCGUUACGGAAUUGAAUCCAUCUACCAGGCCAUGACGCAUUUUGCAUGUCUCUCCUCCAAGUACAUGUGUCCUGGUGUGCCAGCCGUGAUGAGCACCUUGCUGGCAAACAUCAAUGCUUACUAUGCCCACACCACAGCCUCCACCAACGUCUCUGCCUCGGAUCGCUUCUCUGCUUCAAACUUUGGGAAAGAAAGAUUUGUUAAACUUCUGGACCAAUUGCACAAUUCCCUUCGAAUUGACCUGUCCAUGUACAGGAACAACUUUCCAGCCAGCAGCCGUGACCGCUUGCAGGACUUGAAAUCCACGGUGGACCUGCUGACAAGCAUCACUUUUUUCAGAAUGAAGGUUCAGGAACUGCAGAGUCCUCCUCGUGCCAGUCAAGUGGUGAAGGAUUGCGUCAAAGCCUGUCUAAACUCAACCUAUGAAUACAUCUUCAACAAUUGCCAGGAGUUGUACAGCCGCGAGUACCAGGCGGACCCUAACAAAGCUCAGGACGUCCCUCCUGAGGAGCAAGGCCCCAGCAUCAAGAACCUGGACUUCUGGCCCAAGCUCAUCACCCUGAUUGUCUCCAUCAUCGAAGAGGAUAAGAACUCCUAUGCCCCCGUCCUGAACCAGUUUCCUCAGGAGCUCACCGUUGGGAAGAUCAGUGCUGAAGUUAUGUGGAAUCUCUUUGCUCAGGAUAUGAAAUACGCCAUGGAAGAACACGAGAAGCACCGGCUGUGCAGGAGUGCUGACUACAUGAACUUGCACUUCAAAGUGAAGUGGCUGUACAACGAGUAUGUCUGUAAUCUGCCAGUCUUCAAGGAGAAAGUGCCAGAGUACCCCGCGUGGUUUGAGCAGUUUGUGAUGCAGUGGCUGGAUGAGAAUGAAGACGUGUCAAUGGAAUUCCUGCACGGCGCGCUGGAGAGAGAUAAGAAAGAUGGGUUCCAGCAGACAUCUGAGCACGCCCUUUUCUCCUGCUCGGUGGUAGAUGUCUUUACCCAGCUCAACCAGAGUUUUGAAAUCAUCAAGAAGCUGGAAUGCCCAGAUCCUGCUAUUGUUGCACGCUACAUGCGGCGCUUUGCCAAGACCAUCGGGAAGGUGCUGAUGCAGUACGCGGACAUUGUCUCCAGGAGUUUCCAGUCCUACUGCUCUAAGGAGAAAGUGCCUUGCAUCCUGAUGAACAACAUCCAGCAGCUGAGGGUGCAGUUGGAGAAGAUGUUUGAAGCCAUGGGUGCCAAGGAGUUGGAUGCAGAAGCCAGCGACUCUCUCAAGGAACUGCAAGUGAAGCUGAACAACGUUCUGGAUGAGCUCAGUGCUGUGUUUGGCAACAGUUUCCAGACGCAGAUCGACGAAUGUGUCAAACAGAUGUCAGAUAUCCUGUGCCAGGUGAAAGGGGCAGGCAAUGCCCCACCAAAUGCUGUAGCCCAAGAUGCAGACAACGUCCUCAGGCCCUUAAUGGAUUUCCUGGAUGGAAACCUGACGCUCUUUGCGGACGUGUGUGAGAAGACGGUGCUGAAACGGGUGCUGAAGGAUCUCUGGAGGGUGGUGAUGAACACCCUGGAGAAGAUCAUUGUUCUGCCGCCUCUCUCAGACAACACGGGGACCCAACUGAUUUUCACUGCUGCUAAGGAACUGGGACAGUUGUCGAAGCUGAAGGAUCACAUGGUCAGGGAGGAAACACGGAGUCUUACUCCCAAGCAGUGUGCGGUGCUGGAACUGGCGCUAGAUACAAUUAAGCAAUACUUCCAUGCUGGGGGAAAUGGCCUGAAGAAGACCUUCCUGGAGAAGAGCCCAGACCUGCAGUCGCUGCGCUAUGCCCUGUCCCUCUACACCCAGACGACAGACACCCUCAUCAAGACCUUUGUUCAGACACAGACGGCACAAGGCUCAGGAGUGGACGACCCUGUGGGCGAAGUGUCCAUUCAGAUUGACCUGUACACACACCCGGGCACUGGAGAGCACAAGGUCACAGUGAAAGUCGUGGCAGCCAAUGACCUGAAGUGGCAAACCUCUGGCAUGUUCCGCCCCUUCGUAGAGGUGACCAUGAUUGGACCUCACCAAAGUGACAAGAAGCGGAAAUUCACGACCAAGUCGAAAAGCAACAACUGGGCACCCAAGUACAACGAGACGUUCCAUUUUAUCCUUGGGAACGAAGAUGGGCCUGAUGCCUACGAGUUGCAGGUGUGCGUGAAGGACUACUGCUUUGCCCGGGAGGACCGGGUCCUGGGCGUAGCCGUGAUGCAGCUCAGGGAUGUUGCGGACAAGGGGAGCUGUGCUUGCUGGUGCCCACUGGGGCGAAGGAUCCAUAUGGACGACACUGGCCUCACUAUCCUGAGGAUUCUGUCUCAGAGGACCAACGACGAAGUGGCCAAGGAAUUUGUCAAGUUGAAAUCAGAGUCCCGCUCCACAGAGGAAGGGAGCUGAGCCCUGGGUUUCCACACUCCCUGUGCGCCUGGUGCCAAUAUGUGGAACAAGUGCAAGAGUUGCUCUCUCGAAUCCCGGCAGGGGCUCCUCAUCUCAGCCAGCCCCCUGCUGUCCACAGAAGACCUCUGUGACCCUGAAGGGAGCCUUUCAUUGGGUCAGCAAGGCAACGGCAGGAACCGUGGGUGGGCGGGAGAGCGUUGUGGGGGUUGCCUGCUGCUGUGUGGCCGUUCCUCUGGAAGAAACGUUAUUCUCUCAAGUUGGCAGGCAUUUAAGAUGAAGCCACUCUUGACCUGAGAUGGGGGCCUUGCGGUGGAGGGCGGGGGUCCCCAUUCUGUAGAGGAGGCUUGAGAUCAACGAGACGUGGAGGGGGUUUAUUAACAGCCUCCCUCCCGCUUCAGCAAGUUGCAGAGAUGGGGUGGGGUAGGAUUGGAAGACGCCAUGUGUGCAGCCUGGAGCAUUUGCUGGUUUGGGGUGAGCAGGUGGGCAGAGGUUGCCCAAGGCCAGACGUCUCUUGCCCGCAGCUUAGCCACGGCCCAGGUCUGCCCAGACAACUUCUGAAACUGGCUCUGAGUGAAAGCAGGAGUCUUCUGCCGGAGUUGCGCUCUCUCCCUGCCCCGGAACAAGCACAGCACUGACCCUAAGGUUUCCUCUUCCACCUCUGCAUUGCCCUCUCCAAGGGCUGCCUUAUUUCCCAUUGCGUUCUGUUUCUGCACCAAGCCUUUGUCCUGGUGGGAGUCUCUUCCCUUCUCCCUCCCCACACCCCAGUGGUGCUGUUGGGCCAUACAGGGAGGAGGUUUCCCUGGUGCGGCCAUCGCCUCCUGCAAAGUGGCUUUGCACAAGGACCUUUGCAGGAACCAGCCAGGCUGCUGCUUGCCUGGAUCUGUCCUUGGCUGCUGAGCUGGGCGGCCCAGUCCUUGCACUUCAUGUGCUGUAGACCUGUCAAUGAAAUACCCAAGGACUGCAUGUUGGGGGAUUCCUUUCCUGUUUUCUUCUCUUGGCACUUGUACUGUGUGAUACAAACCUCGUAUUUCUCGAACCUGCUUUUAGAGGCUGCUUUGUUGUUGUCGGUGGAUGUAAUAUAAAGCUUCUCUUUGGAUCACCACAA